CGCGAUCAUCAACUUGGUGCAAGUAUUGCUGACGAAACCAUGUAAACCUCGUGACGAGGAUGAAAUGACAAUACAAACGAAAUAUGAUAAAUUUAUCAGUAUACUGGUAUUAUGUACGAGUGUAUAUUACUUGUCAACACAUAUUACGGACCUGUAUGGAACCGCGUCUUUAUUAGUAUACACAAUUUGUAUGUUUGUACAAAUCUACGUUUACUGCUGGUCUGGAAACGAAGUCAUUCUUAAGAGUACGAGCAUAGGAGAUGCUAUAUUUCGUAUGGACUGGCCAUUAUUGUCAAUUAAUGAAAAGAAAAAAUUGUUGAUGAUUAUGAUACGUAGUACAAUUCCUAUAAAGUUUACCAGCAGUUUUUUGAUAACUUUAUCUCUGCAAUCGUACAGCAACAUUUUGAAAACAUCAUACUCAGCAUUCAAUCUACUUCAAAAGUGAAAUACGAACAACUAAUAAUGUAAUGUAUUUGACACGAUAAUUAUGUAGUUUCUCAUAAAUUAGUGACAUAAAAUUAAAUCUUCAAACUUCUAUUUACAUAGUCUUUUCAAUCUUUCUUCAUCAAUCUUUCUAUUUCAAUUUUGAGAGUAUUGAUACGUAUUCUUACGUAUUAAAUAUGUAUAUUUUAUGCACGAUUUAAUGAAAUGCACGUAUUGAUUUGAUGUUGCAAGUAGCAGUAGCAUUAGCUUCGAUGUUAGAACGAAAACAUAUUUAUAAUUUUUCAAGUGAUGCCAUAUGUGAUAUAUCGCGUUCAGAAUUGAUAUAUAUCUACCUUGUAUAGUUAAUAGCCUAUAUACACGUGCAAACAGUCAACUUGAAGAAUAUCUAAAUAUACUAUAUAUUGCUCGUAUUAUUAUGUUGCCUUGCCUAUUUUAUGCAAUAAAGUGGUAAUUCUUUGCAAAAAUUCUACUUUACUAGUUCCGAUAAAUGUAAAAAUAUACAAAUAUUUUAUUCGAUGGAAACGCAUGAAACAAUGUACAUGACUCCCCACGACGACAAUCCUCGGUGGUUGUGGAAGAAAAACUUUCACGAUUAUAGAUAUUUACACAGGAGCGGAAACGAACAUGCUUGCCAUAAUGAAUGAUUAAAUGAUUUCAUCGUCGGUUUUAUAACGAAGUAAUUGAUGACAAUGGAGUUAAGAAGUUAAAGUAUGUAAAACAAUAUACGCAGUCUGUUAUAGGAGGUACUCGAUUAUACUUAUACAGACUUUAUUUAUAAUAACAGGGUUAAUAUUUGUUAAUUGUGUCGUAAAACUAUUAUACUUGAAAAUAUGAAAACUGGUAUUCCAAAAAAAGUGUGCGUAAUUAUUUAUAAAUAUUGUUUAUG